AUGCCGCGAGCGGUCGGUCGAGUCGGGUCGGGCCCCCCCUCGCUCGCUCGCUCGCUGCGCUCCGCCACUCUGGAUGCUCCGGAAAGCUUCGUCAUCGAUACAAGAGAGAGCACUGGGCCCGGUGCCAUCAACGGUCUUGGCGUUUCACACGGCAAGCUCACGGCCUGCGCGUCUGGCAGCAGUCUCUCUCGUCUUAUAAGAGCAGCGGCGACGACCCGUCCGCCACCUGUGGGGAGCCCUCAAACAUGA